AUGCCUAUAGGGACCUCUCCCUAUCACUUUGUUUAUGGGAAAGCUUGCCAUUUGCCUGUAGAGCUAGAACAUCAAACUUAUUGGGUAGUUAAAAAGUUGAAUCUUGAGAUAAAGGCUACUGGUGAGAAGAGAUUAUUGCAGCUGGUUGAACUAGAUGAGUUUUGUCUACAUGGUUCUGAAUAUGCCAAACUGUACAAGGAAAAUACUAAGAGAUGGCAUGACGGGCAUAUUCAGGACGGAGUAUUUGAACUAGGACAAUUUGUUUUGCUAUUUAAUUCAAGGUUAAAGUUGUUUCCAGGUAAGUUGUGGUCGAAAUGGGCUGGGCCUUUUGAGGUGGUGGGAAUGAUGCCUUACGGUGCAGUUGAAUUAUGGAAUAAACAAAAGACUGGGAAGUUUUUGGUGGAUGGACAACGUGUGAAGCAUUAUUGGGAUGAUCAUGGAGACAAACACAAUAUGUCCAUCACCUUUGCUGAAGAGUAA